AUGGCCACUUCCCCACAGCCAGAGAUGACGCAGGCGAUCUCAGCGCCAGACAGUCACGCCGCAUCGCGGGACGAGUGGGCAGGCCUCACGGAUCCUGCCGAGCGCCGAAGGAGACAGAAUCGGAUCAAUCAGAGGGCUCACCGAAUGCGCCAGCGCCAGCGGAUACGAAACCACAAAGAUGUGCACCCUAAAAGUGUCGUGGCGUCGGCCUCGUCCUCCUCAUCCUCCUCAUCCUCCUCCUCCUCCUCUUCAUCAUCGACCGCCCUCGUACCCAAAGAAUCCAGCACAUCACCAUCAGCACAAUCACAGCGCCAGAGUGGCUGUCUUGCGCCCGGAACUGCACGAGCCCUCCUAACCCAAUUCGCCGAAUCCGCUUUCAAGAGUUACAUGCUCGGCUCUCCAACCUCCGAGCAUCUACUUGUACUGACAAAAGUCAACGUCUUCCGCGCCUUCGGACAUAACAUGAACCUACUCGGCUGGAACCCGGAUCAUAUGGGCGACGACGCAAUCUCCCAAUUCAAUAUUCCCUCCGCCGCGGAGGCUUCCACAUCACCAGACUACGGCGAUAUGCCCGCCAGUCUACAUCCCACCAGAAUCCAACGAACUAUUCCCCAUCAUCCGUGGCUGGAUUUCUUCCCUUCGCCUAGAAUGCGGGACAAUAUGAUUCAAGCGGGGGAUGAUUGGGAUGAUGAGGCGCUCUGUCAUGAUAUCAUGGGGUUCUGGGCACACGAUUCGACUGCUGCGCCGGGACUCAUUGUGUGGGGGGAGCCAUGGGAUAUUCGGAAUUGGGAGUUGACGGAGGCAUUUUUGAAAAAGUGGCAGUGGAUCGUGAGGGGCUGUCCGGAGAUAAUGAAUAGCACCAAUUCGUGGCGGGCACGGCGGGGGAGAAGCUUAUAUUCCGGUAUAUUUAGACAGUCUCAGACACAGGAAUAG